UAAACCCCGCCUCCCUCCGCGCCCCCGGCCCCCUAGCGCUCUCUUAUCAUACGCAACCCCAGGGUCCCACUUCUCCCCAUAACAGAUGAUCAAUCGUGCAGACGAACAAGGCCCCCUUACAUCUAUUCUGAUGAGAUUAAACCUAUCCCUAUUCGAUCACGUUGAUGGAGAGCUCAUUCAAUCCUGCCUACAUGACAAACUCGACAACUGCGCAGACAAGCAAGUCUGCGCCGAAGAAAGAUGCAACCCGUCCCAGCAAUUCGAAGAACGAUGCAGUCAGCCGGCAGAAAAAACGAGAGGCAGACCGUCGGCAUCAGCGGGCAGCACGCGAGAAAACGAGAUCUCGCAUUGCCUACCUGGAGGCUAUGGUCCAGAGGCUCACCAUCAACGAUCCGAGCGGCCAAGUUUCUAGUCUGAUGCAACGGUUAGCAGAAGUACAGUCUGAAAAUGAUAUGCUUCGAAAACGAAUGCAGGACAUCUCUUUGCUUGCAGGAUUCCUUAACCCGCCGCGAGGUUCACCAGAAAGGACUUCUAGACGCGAACUUGGAUCUUCAGAUGCAGAGGCACAAGGCUCGUGGUCGAUAGACAACGAGCCUAGGUUCAGUAGCGAUGAUCUCGGCCUAAAUGUUAUAGAGACAAACAUCUUCGAUCCUAUCGAAUCUUCGAGUCGCGAUCUUGCUCAACAGUCCACAGUCAAGACUGCACCCGCGAGAGUACCCAAGAACGUUGAGUGUUCACACAUGUCGGCUGCCAGUGCCACAGCACUACUCUGUCCAUCUGACCAACAACCUAUCGAGAACCUCAAUAUCGUGGGUACCCAUAUGCCUUCGAGUCCAGAUGGUUCAAACCCGAUGAGCCCUCCUGAGACGGAUACAGAAUGUUGCUGCUCGAGUGGCAUACAGUAUGCGUCUCCAACGACGCCUUCUGCAAGCCUCUGGCGUUCAGCCGAUAGUAUAUUAUCAUCACAGGCUCUAGUUGGAGACAUAAUCAAGGUGCCAGAUGUUACCCUUGAGGAGGAUAUUCCAGUACGGGCAGUUCUCCAAGGCUGGGAAUCGGCGAGCAUGUGCCCUCACUUCACCUCUUCUUGGCAGAUAUUGGAAGGCAUCGAUAAGUUGAUGUUUUCUUCAUGCGAUCAGAAGGAGCGAAUAGCAAUUCUGAUGACCAUGCAUAAGCUGUUGGAGUACCAUCGCGAUCCUUCGCCAUUCAGAUUGCAGAGAUUACCGCCAUGGUUCAGGAAAAGACCCGCACAGAGCCUAGCACAUACUUAUGCCACCGACUUCUUGGCCUGGCCCGGUUUGCGGGAGAAGUUCAUAUUCUCCGAGCACCGAUAUUGCUCCAACAUCUUCUGGUAUCUUCUCCGAACAUGUCUCAAGAUCCAAUGGGCGGGCACUAUCGAGGAGUGCUAUGAGUUCAACCACGAAACCGGAUUGUUCCGGAUAGCACCAGAUUUUGCUGAAUGUGUGGGAGAUAUAAGGAAUUGGGCAAUGACUCCGGAAAUGUUCGUGCGGUUUCCAGAACUUCGCAGCGAUAUUCCUGCAGUUAUGUACAUGCAGGCACCAGUCUCGAACAAGAUGCAAUGGCAAUUCGCAACGAAUGGAAUCGGACCCCUUGUGAAAACGUCAGAACCCAAUAGCAAACAAGGCUACAAUACUUCACUGGUUGAGGUUCCAUACAAAUGGCCAAGUAAUGGGCUCAACUAUUCUUGAUCGACAUCAAUAUAAAUUGGUUGAGAGAGAAC